AGAUUAGAUGUUAUUCUUUCGCAAGGUCAUUAUCAAGUAUUUAAAGUUUCAAAACUGUACCGAACAGACAGUACUUAACGAUAACACCAUGACAUUUCGCUUUGUUUCUUUUCUCGUUUUAAUAUUAGUUGCAUCAACUUAUUCGAAACAUAACGAUGAUUUUGAGUCGGUUAAACAUGGCAUUACCCAACUUUUCAAAACUGGGAACAAACCCUAUUUUGCUAAAACUGCAAAAUCGUACCAAUUACCACACGUGUUGAGAGAACACAUGGAAAAAGUCUACAACAAUGAGGAAAUCUGCACUUUGUGUAACCUACUCUUUGAUUUGGUGAUUGACGAAUGGAAGCAAGGAAUGACCAAAGACAAGAUCUUAGACAUUGUCAAGUACAUUUGUGUUACGUUAGGAAUCGAAAAUGAUCGAGUUUGCAACGGUUCGAUCACUAUUAACGCUGAUAUUGUUUUCUACAUCGUUGAAAACUACCCUGAUAUCAAAGCCAAUAGACUGUGUGGCUCCGUUUUGCAAGCUUUCGGUUGUUCAACCGGUGAUGAUUUCGACUGGUCCAUAAUUCUCCCGCCGGGAAAUGCAGCCAAAAGACCGCAACCAGACACAUCUGGUUCAAGUUUCAAUAUUUUGCAACUUAGUGACAUUCACUACGACCCUAACUACAAAAUCAAUGGCAAAGCCAAUUGUGGGGAACCUGUUUGUUGUCAGGAGGACCAAGGUGAAGCAGAUUCACCCGAAAAUGCUUGUGGUUAUUGGUCGGAUUAUCGCUUCGCUGAUACGCCGUGGCAUUUGGUCGAAGAAACAAUAAGACAAACCAAAACACAAGACUUCGACUACGUUUACUACACAGGUGAUAUAAUAAGUCACAGGGUUUGGCAAACCACUGUUGAAAACAACACAAAAACCAUCUCCAAGUUGUACUCCUUCUUCAAACAGUCGUACGAUGUUCCGGUUUUUCCGAUUUUUGGCAACCACGAGCCUCACCCUUUAAAUGUUUGGCCGGAUGAUCGCCUUAAAGAUGAAACACUUUCGGUUAAAUGGUUGUUUAAAUUAGCAGCGGAUGAGUGGUCGAAAUUGAUUGGGCAAGAUGUUAGUGAGACGGUGUUAAAAGGGGGGUAUUAUAGUGUCAGUCCAAGGCCAGGGUUUAGGAUUAUUGGCGUUAAUGGCAAUUUGUGUUAUACGGAUAAUUGGUGGUUGAUAUACGACGACGUGGACCCUUUUAACCAAUUGCAAUGGCUGGCGGACACGUUAGAACAAGCCGAAGCUGCCAACGAAAGCGUCCAUAUUUUGUCUCACGUCCCCACAGGGGAUAUUUCAUGUCUGAAAGUUUGGAGUCGAGAAUACCACCGCAUAGUCGAAAGAUUCUCUUCGACCAUAACGGGCCAGUUUAACGGCCACACUCAUCGCGACGAAUUCCAUGUUUACUACAACAGUUCGGCUCCAACUGAAGCCAUCGGUGUGGCUUUUAAUGGGGCUUCUGUAACACCUUACGACAGCUCCAACCCCAGUUAUAAACUUUAUCGUGUUGACCAAAGCACUUACUCGCUUUUAGAUUAUGAAGAAUGGACGUUUAAUCUCACUUUGGCGAAUUCGCAGCCAGUUAGUGAAACACCGGAAUGGUACAAGCUUUACAGCUUCGCUCAAGCUUACGGCGUGAAUAAUUUACAAGCCAUUGAAGUUGACAAAGUCCUCUAUAAGAUGGCUCAAGAUCAUUCCUUGCUCGAUGACUAUUUUAGGUUCAAAUUUCGAAAUGGAGAUGAUGGAAUUAACGCCGGAUGUAGUGAGACGUGCCGCAAAGAGAAUUUAUGCGAUAUUGCCAAAGCACAGUUUGCAGACAACACACAAUGCGAUUAUUUCCUACAGCUGUAUGAGCAAGGGAAACAAACCUAACUUUUGAUUAAUAAAAUAAUACUCGGUA